GUGUUUUUGCCGGUAGUAACGGCCCCAUUGCCGGGCCCAUCGCCCCCGAGCAGUCUGGGCAUGCCGGGCAAUAUACCGAACCUGUCGCAGCUGGACGCAACCGGCGGACAGAGUGCGUCGACGAGCGGUUUACCCCGCGGUAUUUAUACCUACCACAAUGCAAGUGCUUUUCAACAGAUGCCAAAAGAGGAAAUCAAAAAUGAACCUGGAGACUCUCCGAGCCACAAUCCCUCCAACCAGUACCAGCUGCAACCGAUGCAGCCCAUGUUUACCACCCAGAGCACCUCCCCCGGUCCAGACCGUUCACCGGCUACACUCACGCCCUCCCCGGGCAUCGGUGGUCCCAUCUCACCGCUUGACCCUGGCAAUGUAACGCCAACGCCACCGGCCUACACCACACUCGGUGGUACCGGCGGUACGAUGGGCAAUCUGUUCGGCCAGUUCGGGACCGGGUUCUCUAACGCCGCCACCCAGCCCAAUGCAAGCGUGCCAAUGUUUGAAACCAACCUGCCCGGUCCGUCGAACGGUUGGGUCCAGCCCGUACCAUCACACACCCAGAACGGCCCUAGUCAGCCGCAGCCGCAGCAACAGAACCCGUUCAACUUGCUCAACUUUGGCACGCUCCCACUCGCAACCGGCGAUCCACUAAUGGCGAUGAGCACGGCAAACACGAACAACCAGCCGAACGUGGGCCCACCCUCGCUGGGGUCCGACUUUUACAUGAACCUCGAUCUGGCCAACCUCGAUCCGGUGUUCAACUCGUCCGAGUUGCGCUCCGUACUGGGGACACUUUCCACGACCGACCUAAACCGGCUCGAGCAGGCCGCCAGCAUGCAGACGUCCGGUGGGAAUUACCAACAACAUUCGGCCUCGAACCAGCAGCAAGCAAUAAAGGCUCUCUUAGCGACACAGCAGUUACAGCAACAGCAGCAGCAGCAGCAGCAGCAGCAACAACAACAACAGCAAGGACAAACCGGUCAAGCCGACCGGAUCGACAACGACGAGGACCUGACCGAUAGCUUUACGAAACUCAGCACAAACGAUUUAAACUAGAUUCAAAAACGGUGAUCGGUGACGGUGGUGGACAAGCGAUAGUGACACAACGGAAAACACCCAUACUCACACGAUCAUAAGAUUGCACCUUACAGCACCACUGUCACCAUUUUCCCGUAACGUUAGCCCGUAAGCAUCCAUUCCAACCCCCCUCCAAUGCGCUGUGUUUUGACGACAUGUUGUCUUAGUUGAGUUGUUAAGUUUUGCUCUGUAACACAUUUUUUUUUUGUUUACCAACAGACCAUUGGCAAGUAAAACCAAGAUUCGAGAUUUUUGUUUUACCUAA